AUGGCUACCCCCAACACGAGAGCCCGCGACUUCGACGCCGUCGCCACCACGGCGUCCAAGACCGAGUCUUACCUCGCAAUGGCCCAGUUCCUCACGGAGAUCGAGAACCGCUUCCGUAAAGAAGACAGACUCAAAUUCUUCUCCAUCCUGAGCAGCAUGGGCAACGUCGGCUCCUGCGGCACGGGCUCCAAGCUCAAGGCCGCCGCCAAGAAGAUGCUCGGCGACGACCGUGCCCUGCUUGAGCGCUUCGACAGUUUCCUUGGGCACGCCCAGGCCGUCGGGAAACAGAGUGGUUCGUCUAAUAAUGGGGCUUCUUCAUCGUCGACGCCGUCGUCGUCGACAGCGGCGGCGGCAUCCGAUCCCUCGCCUGCGGCGCCUCAUUCCGGGGCCGACAAGAGUAAGGGCUGGUAA